GCUCUACCCGCCCGACAAUGCCCCUCUGUCUUUCUCGUCCAAAGUGUGCUAUAUAAAGUACCGGGACCCCUCCAGUGUUGGUGUGGCGCAACAUCUCACCAAUACUGUGUUUGUUGACAGAGCUCUGAUAGUAGUGCCAUGUGCGGAAGGUGAGUGACACCGGUUAACAGAAUAAACAGAGUAAAUGUGUGAACUGUCUUCAGUGGACUUGCUGUGGCCUCCCACCCUUCAAUCCAACCAUCUGGUGUUUUGGUUGAAUUCUGGGUUCGUUUGUUUUAUUCACAUGGAAAAUUGGCAUGUUGUUGCCAUUGGGUAGUUCUGAGUUUAGCCACUUUUGUCACAAGUAUUUGACACAGGUGACUGGUUGUAUCAUCUCAAUAAAAACCCCAGCUAGCUAAUUAGUGAGCCCAGGCUUUCUGUUUGCUGUCACAAGGUGCUUUAGCUCACUGUAAACACUGGAUUCUCUGGAAAACAAGUAGCUUGUGUAAGAAACUGCCAUUAAUGUUACUUGUUUUUAUGGAAAUGACUAAAUAAUAAUUCCAUGCCAUCACAGCUAACUUUCUCUCUCUUUCAUUUUUUUGGUGCUCCUUUUCUUUAAUUCCUCCCCUUUUGGUGCCACUGUUGUGUACAGUACAAAACAAUGAUAUCACCUCUAACUUGAUGCUUUUUGUCCACGUGACUUGGUGCUGGAUGGCUACUGAGUUUAUUAAUUUGGUUUUGUAUGUUUUUUCUGUGUGAUUAUGUGUGCAUAUCAGAUGACUAGACUGGCCCAGCUGUUACACUACACUAGCCUGAGUCAGGCAUUGUUUUCCAAGCCACUAUCCCCGAUCGGGCCAACGCAGCCUUCAAGGGGGAAUGUGACCAGGAGAAUAGCCUGCUGAACCUUCCAAGAUGGACACCUUGUCUCUUUUGAUUUAUUUAUUUUUUCUUUUGCUGCAGCUUGUGUGUGAUUGAAUUCUGUCCAGGUUGCUACGGCAUACCGGUGGGAUGUGUAUCACACAUGGGAUGAUAGGAGGAUCACUAACACUUUACUCUCUUGUCACCUACUCCUGUUGACAUAGUGAGGGGCUAGACAUUAUACAAGUCUUUGAAAUGCUAUUUGCACCUGUGCUGUAGUAAAAGGUUUUUCCCACACAUACAGAGCUCUGGUAUAGAUGUUUAGUAUUUAAUAAUGUCACAACCACUCUCCAUUCAACAUUGUCUCUUUUAACUUUCGUGACACAUGAUUUGAUGCUCUGCGUCGUCAUUUGUUUGACAUAUUUCCUAGCACUACGAGAACUUUUCAAAUGGUAACUCAUGCUGAAUGCCUCCAGCUAUAAUGAAGUGAAUUUGUAGUUUCUUAUUGGUCUUAACGUAGCUCUCUUCUCCAGCAGACUUUAAUCCAGAAUGGAAUGAGCACAAUUCCUAAUUGGUUGUAUUUAUAGCUAAAGUCUUGGCUAACAUUUCCUACAGUUCUUAAAAUUGUUGUUCUUCUCUGUAUCUGAUGUCCUGUGUGCUAUUAGUGAUGCAGCCAUUGGGGUUGUCUUGUGUUGCACACCUUUCCAACACUGCGAAACGAUCGCCCCCACGGAAAAGCGCCCAUGCUUGAUAUCGUAUGGUUCAUGACCAAUAUGUUUCCAGUACAGGGAAAAUCCCAGAGGAGGCCAAGGCCUUGUCACUUUUGGCACCUGCCGCCCCAGUACCCAGUCUGAUUCCUGGUGGGGGACUGCUACCAAUUCCUACUCCAGCUCCACUUCAGAAUCUGAACCUUCCCAUAGUGAAUCGGUUGUCAGCUGCUCUGGACCCCACAGCAUCAGCGCUCUCCCAGGCCCCCCUCAUGGGAAAUGUGGAUCCCUCAAAAGUCGAUGAGAUCAGGAGGACCGUCUACGUUGGCAACUUGAACUCACAGACCACCACCGCAGACCAGCUGUUGGAGUUCUUCAAGCAGGUGGGAGAUGUAAAGUUUGUGCGAAUGGCUGGAGAUGAGACUCAGCCGACACGCUUCGCCUUUGUAGAGUUUGUUGAGCAGGAGUCCGUCGGCAGAGCCCUGACCUUCAAUGGAGUCAUGUUCGGAGACAGACCCCUGAAGGUUAAUCAUUCCAAUAACGCCAUAGUAAAACCCCCCGAGAUGACGCCACAGGCUGCUGCUAAAGAGCUAGAAGGUGUGAUGAAGAGGGUGAGGGAGGCCCAGUGCACCAUUGCUGCUGCCAUAGAUCCAGCGGACAUCAUAAAGAAGAGUUCCCCCAGUCGGUCUAGAAGGUUACGCCGGUCCCGCUCGCGGUCCCGUUCACAUUCGAAAACGCACAGGAAAAGGUCCCGUUCGAGACACAGCAGACCGGCGCCGAAGUUGUGGCCGAGGACCGACUCCCACAAUUCCCGAAGCAGCCACAAGAGGCGGUCUCGCUCCAGAGACAAGAGACACAGUCGUAGUCGCUCUAGGGGCCACAGGAGGAGGAGUAAGGAUCGGUCCAGGAGCCCUCGGAGGAAAGCCAAAUCACCUUCACCUAAAAGAGGUAAGAGAGACAAGAGGAGGGAGCGCAGCGGGGACAGAAAGGACCGCUCCACAUCCAAGAAGAGGAGCCGCAAGGAUGAGGACAGGAUAAAGAGCAAGGCCAAGCCAGCGAAGGUGGAAAGGGACUGCGACCGAGGAGAAAAGGAAGAGUAUGAAAGUGACAGAGAAGACUCAGUCCCACUCAGCGAGGACAUGAUGUCAUCACCCUGCACCCAGCAUAACGGCAGCUACAAGACUCACAAUGACGGGUAUGCAUCCGUGGGUGCCGACAGCUCCAAGUGACUAUUGCAGCACCAUAGAAACCAGUCGGGUUCCAUCAAACGAUCUCAGCGUGCGUAUACACACCGGAUGAAAACCACUCACAUCGUCAUCUCCUGUCG